AUGCAGAGACCUGAACAGUCUGGGUUCAUGCCUGGAAGGAUUACCAGAGGCUGCCAGACGGUGUGGGACAAGACCCGGGCCACGCAGACCGUCCGCCAUGCUUACACCCAGACAACGGCCUUCCACCCACUCCUGCUGCCGCCCACGCCCACUCUCAUCACGCCGCGUCCCUACGUGCCUGCCAGACACUACGACAUGGCCAAGGUCGUUACGGUGCAGAGGAUCGUGCGCGGCUUCCUGGGACGACGAAAGACAGUGAGGGUGAUGAGGAUACGGGCGGCGGCUGAGGAAUCAACACGGAGGAGGAUGGAUAAUACAGGGGCCGCUGGUGAGGACCCAGAGCGUGUAUCCUCCCCCCUCGAGUCUUGUUGCAGCACUGACGGAGACUCGGACCCCCAGCAGCGUCGGGAAUGGCUGGUGCCCCUCACUGAACUGUAUGCGCGGCUGGAGAACUGGCGGCGGCGACAGGUGGAGUUGGUGACUGCAACGUUGACGGGGCGGGAUCGGCGGCUGGCACUAUCGGCGCUGCUGGACAAGGAGACAGAGCUGUUGCGGGCGCUGGAGGCUCACCGCGCCAUUCGCUCCGCCCGACGCAGAAACGCCGCUGUGGCCCACUUCUUGCAGGAG